AUGCACAAGAAAGAGCAAAAUAAACAUGGAACAAAGAAGCAGGAGAUUAUUAACAUAGGAACAGAAUCUCCCACAUUUCAAGAAAAGCAGAGACCCUCGAAGACAGAACAAAGAUCUACUGUAUGGAGAGAAGAACAGAAAAAAAAGGAACUGAAAGUUCACAGAGUAUUCCACCCCCAGCCCAGGACAGGAUUCGAUGUGGGCAAAGGAACAGAUCCCUGGUUGACAACAUGGCGAAUGAUAACUGUCAUCUUAGCAACCUUGUACAUUAUUUUGCUUACAAAACUGGGCUUCGUGAUUCCAAGCUUAUUUUCUAGAGGAGAAAAACAAAGCAGAAAUUUCUUCCUUCUUGAUCCUCUAUGUGACAGGAAUGAUGACUCCUCCUGUGAUUUUUGUUCCAGUGACUGGAUUGCUUUUGGAAACAAUUUCUAUUGUGUUAUUCGAGAAAACUCAAAAACCUGGGCAGAGAGUCAGUCUGCCUGUGAGGAGCUGAAUUCUCAUCUUGUGAUCAUAGACUCCAAAGCAGAGCUGAUUCCCGGGAGACAUUAUGUAUCAUUUAAGGAAGUUUGUAACUCAAAAGCAGUGAUUCUCCAUCUAAUGAAUGAUUCAGAAAAGAAGAAUCAUAGCUGCCAUUAUCUGCGUGGAAACCUAGACAUUCCUGGUGACUGUUCAUCUAAGAAAUCAUACACUUGUGAAUUUAAUAUAUGA